CUGGUGCAGUGCGCUGUCAGUUAUGUGUCAUUUUUAGUGAUUCUGAAAUUCAAGAAAUAAGGAAAAAUUAAUAAAAACUACCUAUUUUUUGUAAAUUUAUAGUUUUUCGUUGUAAUCAGGAGUUGUACUUGUUAUACAAAUUUUUGUUAUGUUAUAAUUGAAUGGUGCGUCGCAGCCCUUAAUAACCGCAACUCACAUAUAAAGACUCGAUAUUUAACGGGAUGCUUAAACAGACGAGAGUUUGAAACGUUUUCUAUUUUGUCCACAGUGCAAGGAAGAUCUAGUUAGAGUAUUCUAAAGAAAUGUCGAAUAAAAACUCCCUGCUUACUGGCAACAAUACACCCGGUUUAAAGCAAUUUGAUUUGGAUCAAAUAUGGGGCGAUUUACAUGACGGCAUUCAGCAAGUGUACAAUAGAGAGACCAUGCACAAAUCUCGGUACAUACAAUUGUAUACGCACGUUUAUAAUUAUUGCACGUCGGUGCACCAACAAAACAACGGCCGCGCUUCUGCCAAUGCGACUUCUAAAAGCAAAAAGAACCAAGUAGGCGGUGGUGCUCAAUUAGUCGGACUCGAGCUAUACAAAAGACUGCGAGACUUUCUAAGAAACUAUCUCGUUAAGUUAUUAGGCGAUGGAAUAAAUCGCAUGGACGAAGACGUACUAAAAUUCUACACGAACCAAUGGGAGGAUUAUCAGUUUUGCAGCAAGGUGUUAGAUGGCGUUUGCGCCUACUUAAACAGGCAUUGGGUGAAGAGAGAAUGCGAAGAAGGCAGGAAAGGCAUUUACGAAAUAUACCAAUUAGCUUUAGUCACCUGGAGAGAUCAUCUGUUCAAGCAACUCAAUAAAGCCGUCACUAAUGCUGUACUGAAGCUGAUCGAAAAAGAAAGAAACGGUGAGACGAUCAAUACUCGUUUAGUAUCGGGGGUUAUUAAUUGCUAUGUGGAAUUGGGUCUUAACGAAGAGGAGCCUGGCGCUAAAGGUCCCAAUCUAUCCGUAUACAAAGACAGUUUUGAGAACGUAUUUCUAGAGGAUACCGAACGUUUUUACACUAGAGAGAGUACCUCCUUCUUGGCGGAAAAUCCUGUCACCGAAUACAUGAAAAGAGCUGAACAACGACUGUUGGAGGAGCAAAAACGCGUACAAGUGUACUUGCACGAAACUACCAGCGAGCGCUUGGCGAAAACCUGCGAACAGGUGUUGAUCAAGAAACACCUGGAGCUCUUCCACGCCGAAUUCCAGCAACUGUUGGACGACGACAAGGACGCCGAUUUGGGCAGGAUGUACAGCUUGGUCGCUCGAAUACCGGACGGUUUGGGCGAAUUGAGAUCGCUGCUCGAACACCACAUCGCCACCCAAGGUUUGGCGGCCAUCGAGCGACGCGGAGAAAGCGCCCUCAACGAUCCGAAGGUGUACGUCAACACCAUUCUCGAGGUGCACAAGAAAUACAACGCUUUGGUGUUGGUGGCGUUUAGCAACGAUAGCGGUUUCGUGGCAGCUUUGGACAAGGCGUGCGGAAGGUUCAUUAACGCCAAUGCGGUUACUAAACAGGCCAAUUCUAGCAGCAAAUCGCCCGAAUUGCUCGCCAAGUACUGUGAUCUAUUGCUAAAGAAAUCAAACAAAAACGCAGAAGAGGCUGAACUCGAAGAUACACUAAAUCAAGUAAUGGUUGUGUUUAAGUACAUAGAAGACAAGGAUGUGUUCCAAAAGUUCUACAGUAAAAUGCUUGCCAAGCGACUCGUCCAGCACAUGUCUGCGAGCGAUGAUGCCGAAGCUUCUAUGAUCUCAAAACUCAAGCAGGCUUGUGGGUUUGAGUACACUUCGAAAUUGCAAAGAAUGUUCCAGGACAUUGGUGUAUCGAAAGAUCUGAACGAACAAUUUAGAAACCACUUAGUUAAAUCUAACGAAUCGUUAGGAAUAGAUUUUAGCAUUCAAGUACUAUCGUCGGGUUCUUGGCCGUUUCAACAAUCGUUUACUUUUAGUUUGCCAUCCGAGUUGGAACGUAGCAUACAUAGGUUUACCAACUUUUACUCAGGCCAGCACUCAGGUAGAAAGUUAAAUUGGCUCUACAACAUGUCCAAAGGCGAACUUAAUACAAAUUGUUUUAAAAAUAGGUAUACUUUGCAAGCUAGUACUUUUCAAAUGGCCGUAUUACUGCAGUACAAUGUGGCUGAUAGUUGGACGAUUUCCCAGCUCGAAGAAAACACCCAAAUCAAAAACGAUUUUCUAAUUCAAGUCGUUCAAAUACUACUCAAGGCCAAAUUGCUCAAUUGCGAGGACGACGAGAACGAUCUCACAUUGAAUUCGACGGUCACUUUGAAUUUAGGUUUCAAAAACAAAAAACUCCGCGUUAAUAUAAAUAUUCCGAUGAAGACGGAACUUAAGAUGGAACAAGAAACGACACACAAGCACAUAGAAGAAGAUAGAAAGUUAUUAAUUCAAGCUGCGAUUGUUAGAAUUAUGAAAAUGAGGAAAGUUUUGAAGCAUCAGCAAUUAGUUGCUGAAGUUCUUAAUCAGUUGUCUUCUAGGUUCAAACCGAGAGUUCACAUUAUUAAGAAAUGUAUAGAUAUUCUAAUAGAAAAGGAAUAUUUGGAAAGAACCGACGGUCAAAAGGAUACUUACAGUUAUCUGGCAUGAUUCAAAAGUAGCAUGGGAUAAUAAAUUAUUUUGUCUAUUGAAUUCAAAACUAAAAAAAAAACGAACGUUUUUGUGACUGUGGAACUGUAGAAUGUAUAAUUGUAAAUACCUAGGAUUGUAUUUUGAAUCUUUAAAAAAUCGAAGACCUACUUAAUAAAAACAGUUAUGCUAUCUAUGUUUUCCUAAUGACUCUUGUAAUUGUUAUUUCGUUUUUCUUGAAAUCUAUUUCGUUUACCUUUAGCUUUCUGAUUUGGAACAUUUGUUAUAUGGGUCGUCUCGAAAAGCUGGUUUAUUUUAAAAUUGUAUCAUUUUAGUUUUACAUUCAAAAAUGUCGAAUAAUGAAUUAAUGAUUAAUGAUUUACGCAUCUUUUCCAAACGUCCCGUAAUUUAGCUCUAAAUUCAUAAGUUGAUUUAUUGUUAAAUAUUUAGUUACUGGAA